AUGGACAACGGCGCAUGUGGACGGCUGCAUAACAAAGUAGCAGUUGUCACAGGUUCAUCGUCUGGAAUUGGUCGAGCGAUUGCACUUCGUUUUUCAAGUGAAGGUGCACACGUGGUGUGUGCGGAUACAGAGCCGACAGCCGACAGUGAUAGCGACUCUGGUGGUGAUGAUGCAACGCACGAUGUGAUCCUCAAAAGCGGCUGCAAUGCUCUGUUCGUCGCCACGAAUGUAGGAUGCAGCAGGGAGGUGGAGGAUCUGGUGAGAGCAACGGUGUCCCAUUAUGGCCGACUCGACAUCUUCGUCAACAACGCCGGUAUUACUUUUGACCUCGAGACGCUACAACCUAUCUGGAGUGCCGACGAGGAACUGUGGGACGACAUACAGCAAGUGAAUUCGAAGGGCGUAUUUCUUGGUUGCAAGUAUGCAUCAAGGCAGAUGCUCAGUCAAGAACCACAUCCAAAUGGAGAUCGCGGCUGGAUCGUCAAUGUCGCGAGUAUCUUCGGAAUGGUGGGGACGAGCAACUUCGCCAGCUACUGUGCCUCCAAAGGUGCCAUUGUCAACAUGACGAAGGCGGUCGCGUUGGACUGCGCGCCCCACAGGAUACAUGUCAAUUGCAUAUGCCCUGGAUGCAAACAUGCAGGGACUUCAUCUCAGAUGACAAGCGAGGUAUUGAGGGAUGAAGAGACGCAGGAACACAUAAUCAGCCUGCAUCCUUUCCGUGGACUGGGUAUUCCGGACGAUAUCGCACGGGCUGUUGUGUUCCUAGCUUCAGAAGACUCUUCAUGGAUAACAGGAGUCGCAUUGCCAGUCGACGGAGGAUACACCGCCCGGUAA